CACGCGAGGUCGCGCGGACGCGGAUGUCGGGAGGUGGCCGGGCCACCCGCGCCGGCGCCCCCCGCCUGACGCACGGAGGGGCCGGCACGCGAUUUGCCGCGAGUGACUGGAGCCGUCGCAGUCGCCGUCGUCGUCGCCGCCGGGCCCGCUCCGCCCCACCCCCAGCCCGCCUUCCUCCGCUUCGUCCUCCGCCUCCGCCUCCGCCUCCGCCCGCGCCUCGCCAGCGUCCCCGCGUCCUCCCGGGCGCUCCGAGCCGCGGCCGCCCGCGCCAGCCAGAAGUGAGGACAUCGACUGGGUGAAAUGGAUGCCUCAGUAAUAUUACCCAUUUUGAAGAAAAAACUAGCCUUCCUUUCAGGAGGAAAAGACAGACGAAGUGGCCUCAUUCUGACAAUUCCAUUAUGCCUCGAACAAACAAAUAUGGAUGAAUUGAGUGUCACUUUGGACUACCUACUCAGCAUUCCCAGUGAAAAGUGUAAAGCUAGAGGAUUUACUGUGAUUGUGGGUGGCAGAAAAUCACAGUGGAAUGUGGUGAAAACAGUAGUCUUAAUGCUACAGAAUGUUGUUCCAGCUGAAGUGUCCCUUGUUUGUGUAGUAAAGCCAGAUGAGUUCUGGGAUGAGAAAGUAACACAUUUUUGUUUUUGGAAAGAAAAGGAUAGACUUGGCUUUGAGGUUAUUUUAGUGUCUGCCAAUAAACUGACCCGGUACAUUGAGCCAUGCCAGUUAACAGAAGAGUUUGGUGGGAGUCUCACCUAUGAUCACAUGGACUGGUUAAAUAAGAGGCUGGUUUUUGAGAAGUUUACAAAGGAGUCUACUUCAUUAUUAGAUGAACUUGCUUUGAUUAACAAUGGAAGUGAUAAAGGAAAUCAGCAAGAGAAAGAAAGGUCUGUGGACUUAAACUUUCUUCCUUCAGUUGAUCCUGAAACAGUUCUUCAGACAGGACAUGAAUUGUUAUCCGAAUUACAGCAGCGUAGAUUUAAUGGCUCCGAUGGAGGCGUCUCAUGGUCUCCUAUGGAUGAUGAACUGCUUGCACAGCCACAGGUUAUGAAAUUAUUAGAUUCACUCCGAGAGCAGUAUACUCGCUACCAGGAAGUUUGUAGGCAGCGAAGUAAGCGCACACAAUUAGAAGAGAUUCAACAGAAGGUGAUGCAGGUUGUGAAUUGGCUUGAAGGGCCUGGAUCUGAACAACUGAGAGCCCAGUGGGGGAUCGGUGACUCCAUCAGGGCUUCCCAGGCCCUGCAGCAGAAGCAUGAAGAGAUCGAGAGCCAACACAGUGAAUGGUUUGCAGUAUAUGUGGAGCUUAAUCAGCAAAUUGCAGCACUCUUGAAUGCUGGAGAUGAGGAAGAUCUUGUGGAACUGAAGUCACUGCAGCAACAACUUAGUGAUGUUUGUUAUCGACAGGCCAGUCAGCUGGAAUUUAGGCAAAAUCUUUUACAAGCAGCUCUAGAAUUUCAUGGUGUUGCCCAAGAUUUGUCUCAGCAGUUGGAUGGCUUAUUAGGGAUGUUGUGCGUAGAUGUAGCACCAGCUGAUGGAGCAUCGAUUCAGCAAACUUUAAAACUGCUUGAAGAGAAGCUGAAAAGUGUUGAUGUAGGACUGCAAGGUUUGCGUGAAAAAGGUCAAGGUCUCCUGGAUCAGAUCUCCAAUCAGGCAUCCUGGGCCUAUGGAAAGGAUGUAACCAUUGAAAAUAAAGAAAAUGUGGAUCACAUACAAGGAGUGAUGGAAGAUAUGCAACUUAGGAAACAAAGAUGUGAAGACAUGGUAGAUGUGCGAAGGUUAAAGAUGCUUCAGAUGGUGCAGCUAUUUAAAUGUGAAGAGGACGCUGCCCAGGCUGUAGAAUGGCUAAGUGAACUUCUGGAUGCUCUCCUUAAGACCCACACCAGAUUGGGCGAUGAUGCCCAGGAAACGAAAGUUUUACUGGAAAAGCAUCGAAAAUUUGUUGAUGUUGCACAGAGUACUUAUGACUAUGGUAGACAGUUGCUGCAGGCCACAGUUGUGUUGUGUCAGUCUUUGCGCUGCACCUCGAGGUCCUCUGGGGAUACGCUUCCUCGCCUGAACAGAGUGUGGAAACAGUUUACCAUAGCAUCUGAAGAAAGGGUACAUAGGUUGGAAAUGGCUAUUGCAUUUCACUCAAAUGCUGAAAAGAUUUUGCAAGACUGUCCAGAAGAGCCUGAAGCUAUUAAUGAUGAGGAGCAAUUUGAUGAAAUCGAAGCAGUUGGGAAAUCACUUUUGGAUAGGCUAACUGUUCCUGUAGUUUAUCCUGAUGGAACCGAACAAUAUUUUGGGAGUCCAAGUGACAUGGCUUCUACUGCGGAGCACAUCAGAGACAGGAUGAAACUAGUUAGUCUCAAAAGGCAGCAGCUGAGACAUCCCGAAAUGGUGCCCACAGAGAGCUAAUAGCUACCAGCUUCCCACAGACCUGCAGCUCAUCUCCUACAUGUCAUUGGCACACUGCAGCAUUCGCCACAGUACAUUAGGAUGCAUCUCACAGCAGGAUAAGCCUCAUUUCUUCCCAUGCCACAUUUCCCUCUACAUGCUAACACCUCACAACUACCAAGGCAUCAUUAUUUAACAUGCUUUGAGACCACAGACUCCAGGUAUCUUAAAAGAAGGAGCAGUAAACAUUGCACUGAAAACUUGCUUUCGAGCUUUACCUGACCUGUCAAUUUGUAGAUGAACAACUGAUAAUAAGCUUCGAAUGGUGCUAAUAAGAGUUUAGGAAUUCUCUCCUUUAGAAUAUGGUUGCCCUUCUUCUCCAGGUGAUGUAGUAAAUUUAGUUGUAACUAAACUGUUAUUAGUAGACAGUGGCAUUCUCAAAAUUUUAAUUUGUAAUUCUUCAGAAUUGAUUAUUUUUAUUGUGUCAAUAUGGAGAAAAUCCUUCAAAUCUUUGAUAUAUUACAUUCAUUAAAAGACAUUUUCCUAUUUGUAUUGAUAAUGUAUUAAAACUUGAUUGUGCUUAAUAAAAAGCUUCUUUAAACAUCUUA